AUGUCCAUUUCAGCCAAGUCCAGCAGCGCCAGAUCCGUGGCCAGCACUGCCAGCCCCAACCACAGCAGCAGUCCUGCGCCGGCGACUGGCACGGCCGCGGUCGCUCGCGUCGUCACUCCUGAUCGUCAAGACCUCACAGUCCGGGAGCUUCGACUGUCCGCUGACUCCAAACCCACAGCAACUCUGAACGGCACCACCGCGCCGCCGAACCGCGAGUCGCCUGUCCCAAACCAAGCACAGCCCAAUGGCAAACCUUCUUCGCCCCUAGUCACGACGAGUAACGCCAUGGCCAACGGCGGCACCAACACUCCCCAGACCGUGACCUCGAAGGAUCCCAAGGCCGCAGCGCAAGCAGCGAGCGACAUGAGGAACAUUGUGCGCAGGAAGCUUACAGGAUACGUUGGUUUCGCCAACCUGCCAAACCAAUGGCAUCGCAAGAGUGUGCGGAAAGGCUUCAACUUCAACGUUAUGGUCGUUGGUGAAUCUGGCCUCGGCAAGUCGACUCUUGUGAACACGCUCUUCAACACGUCUCUGUACCCACCAAAGGAGCGCAAGCAGCCAUCUCUCGACUUCGCACCAAAGACGGUCAGCAUACAAUCCAUCUCCGCCGACAUCGAGGAGAACGGUGUCCGUCUGCGCCUGACUGUGGUCGAUACUCCUGGGUUUGGUGACUUCGUCAACAACGAUGACUCCUGGAGACCCAUUGUUGAAAACAUUGAGCAGCGCUUCGAUGCGUACCUGGAUGCGGAGAACAAGAUCAACCGCAUGAACAUUGUUGACAACCGCGUACAUGCAUGCGUCUACUUCAUCCAGCCCACCGGUCACUCUUUGAAGCCUUUGGACGUCGAGGUCAUGCGCCGACUUCACACCAAGGUCAACCUCAUCCCCGUCAUUGCCAAGGCAGACACCCUCACAGAUGAGGAGAUAGCUGCUUUCAAGCAACGUAUCCUUGCCGACAUUCACCACCACAACAUCCACAUCUUCGAGGGCCCACGCUACGAGCUCGACGACGAGGAGACGAUCGCCGAGAACAACGAGAUUAUGUCCAAGGUCCCAUUUGCCGUUGUCGGUGCCAACACCGAGGUCCAGACUCCUGAAGGACGCAAGGUCCGUGGCCGUCGCUACCCAUGGGGUGUCAUCGAGGUCGACAACGAGGAGCACUGCGACUUUGUCAAGCUACGACAGAUGCUCAUCCGAACUCACAUGGAAGAGCUGAAGGAGCACACCAACAACUUCCUCUACGAGAACUACCGAUCCGACAAGCUUACCGCUAUGGGUGUGGCCCAAGAUCCUAGUGUGUUCAAGGAGGUCAACCCAGCCGUCAAGCAGGAAGAAGAACGAUCGCUGCACGAGCAGAAGCUGGCCAAGAUGGAGCUCGAGAUGAAGAUGGUCUUCCAACAGAAGGUGCAGGAGAAAGAGAGCAAGCUCAAGCAAAGCGAAGAAGAGCUCUACGCCCGACACCGCGAGAUGAAGGAGCAGCUCGACCGACAGCGGGCGGAACUCGAAGAGAAGAAGGUCAGAAUCGAGAGUGGACGGCCAGUCGAGGAGAAGGGUCGCAAGAAGGGCGGCUUCUCGCUCCGCGGCUAG